CUGCGCUGCGCCCUCCGAGCCUGGGACGUCACUGUACGGGCCUCCGAGCUUCAAACGGACACCUCCAGAGGUCGGGCGGGGGCGGGAGGCGGAGCGAGCGGUGGGGGCGGUGUCGCCGCGGUCUAAGGACGGCGGCGGUAGCGGCGGCGGAGUCAAUAGUCCCUGCGCGAUGGCCGCCUCGGUGUUGUGCUGCCUGCGGUGCUGCAGAGACGGCGGGACCGGCCACAUCCCUCUGAAGGAGAUGCCGGCAGUGCAGCUGGACACGCAGCACAUGGGAACAGAUGUUGUCAUUGUAAAAAAUGGAAGAAGAAUAUGUGGAACAGGAGGUUGUUUAGCCAGUGCACCUUUACAUCAAAACAAAAGCUACUUUGAAUUCAAAAUCCAGUCCACAGGAAUCUGGGGUAUUGGUGUUGCAACUCAGAAAGUUAACUUGAAUCAGAUUCCUCUUGGCCGAGAUGUGCACAGUCUGGUGAUGAGAAAUGAUGGAGCCCUGUACCACAACAAUGAAGAGAAAAAUAGGCUGCCAGCAAACAGCCUUCCACAGGAGGGAGAUGUGGUGGGUAUUACAUAUGACCAUGUAGAAUUAAAUGUAUAUUUGAAUGGAAAAAACAUGCAUUGUCCGGCAUCAGGUAUACGAGGGACAGUGUAUCCAGUUGUUUAUGUUGAUGAUAGUGCAAUUUUGGAUUGCCAGUUCAGUGAAUUUUAUCAUACUCCUCCACCUGGUUUUGAAAAAAUAUUAUUUGAACAGCAGAUCUUCUGAAUGUAUUUGUUUUUGAAUCUUAUAUUUCUGCACUGUUGAAAGUGUUUACCAUUUAAUAAAGCUUUACAUGACCUAUAGAUGAAAAUAUAUUCUUAAAAAUAUGCUUGUGAAUGUUGCCUAAGAAACCAGUGUAUUCAGUAUACCACCCUGAAGUUGUGAUUUAAAAUACUUAUGUUUUGUGAUAUGAAAAUCAGCAUUUGGGGCAGUUUAUUUAAUUCUUAUUUAAAUAAAUGUAACUAUGGGUUUAAUUAACAGUACUACCUGGCAAUAUGUAUAUAGAGAUAGAUAUUUAAAAGAGGAAUCUUUCAUACAUAAAAUAUUUGUUUUGAUAGAGAUGCAGAAUCGGGUGGGGGUUUUUUGUCAUUCUGAAGUUUAGACCUCAUUAACUAUUUUAAGUCUGUGGUCUAAUAAUUUUGUGUCUCAGUGUCCUUUUUUAUAUACAGUAUAACAAAGUGACAGAAAUUUAUACUAUUGGCAACUUCAUUUUUGGCAAUCUAUUUACUGUAUAAUGUACCACUUUUCUUAAAACUUAAAUUGCUUAUUUUGUUAUGUAUUGUCAUUGCUUUUGAUCUGCUUUGUAAAAGGAGAUAAACAUUUUAGUAAUUGUCAGAACAUUUUGUUGAAAACCAUCAUGUUACUUCAAUUUCAGAGUAAGUGGUUGAUUGGUAAUGUAGUGUACACUGGCAGAGAUUUAGAAUAAUGUGAUGCUUUAAACUUAAAUUUAAAUAAGAUUAUUCUUUUAAGGACUCUUAUUUAAAUGUGUAUUUUCUGUAAAGAAUAAUAAAAUAAUAGUAAUUAAGGAAUAUUCAGUACUAGAUGAAACAUAUUCUUCCU